GGCAGACAAGCGGAUCCCAAGUCAUGAGCUAUAAGAUACUUCCGUGUUUGGACUAGCUGCAAUUCUGUCUGUAAACAAGACCCUGGACACGAUUUUAAACAUGGCUCGUUUAAGUUUUGUAGUGUUUGUUUCCUUGAUAUCAGUUGUAUCGACUCAAUUUAUACCACCGUACACGGAAGAUUGUCGAGCCGACAUGUAUCCCCCAAAGGGUCCAACGUUCAAGGGACGUGUGACUUGGUACACAGUGGACCUUGAUCUACAUCCAAGUAAGAGGUGGAUGCCUUUGAUUACUGACAAAAAGGCCGAGCUGGUCAGCAUGAUGCAGACCAUCAAAGAUUUGGCCAAUGCUUUUGUACCGAGUGGGAAAUUAGUAGAGAUGGUCGACAAGGCUUUGCCCUUUCUAGUGGAAACCCUGCCAUAUCCAUUUGGUGAUGAGUUGAGGGGCGUGGCAGCUGCUUCGGGCCUUCCCCUCGGGGAAGUUGUGUUGUUCAACAUCUUCUACGAGGUGUUUACUGUGUGCACCUCCAUCGUAGCAGAAGACCCCAAGGGUAACCUUUUCCAUGGUAGAAAUCUCGAUUUUGGAUUAUUUAUGGGGUGGGACAUGAAGAACCGGUCGUGGAUUGUAGCUGAACAGCUGAAGCCCCUUGUGGUCAACGUGGACUUCAGGAGGAACAACCAGACGGUCUUCAAGUCGACCACCUUCGCUGGAUAUAUCGGCAUGCUGACAGGGAUCAAGCCUAAUGUGUUUACUUUGACGAUGAAUGAACGUUUUAGCCUUGACGGAGGAUAUAUCGGAAUCCUGGAGUGGAUUCUUGGGCAGAGAAAGGGCAUGUGGAUGAGCUUCCUGACGCGCUCCGUCCUGGAGAACGCCACCAGUUACGAAGUGGCCAAGACACGCCUGGCCCAGACCGAGCUGCUGGCUCCGGCCUACUUCAUCCUGGGAGGGAACCAAACGGGCCAGGGCUGCAUCAUCACCAGGUCCAGGCUGCUCAGCCUAGACAUCUUGGAGAUUGACUUAAAGCUUGGCCGAUGGUACGUUCUGGAGACCAACUACGACCACUGGAAGGCUCCUCUGUUCCUGGACGACCGAAGGACCCCUGGCAUGACGUGUAUGAACAAGACCACUCAGACGAACAUCACACUGAAAACGAUGUACAGUGUGCUGUCGACCAAACCGGUCCUGAACAAGCUGACCACCUACACAACACUAAUGGACGUGUCCACGGGUAACCUGGAGUCCUAUAUCAGGGACUGUCCCAACCCCUGCAUGCCAUGGUGAAACCAUCGUCUGAGCCCUCAACUGUUGAGCAGUGCUUGACCCGAGCAGGAAUUAGCCCAGGCCUAUGAUCAGCAGAGCGGCGAGGAAAUCUUUUAUAUUUGCACUUGUAAUGGUUUGAACCUAAGUGAGCCUUAAAUUGUGUUUUUUGUAUUUUUACUUGAUUUAAUCAAUGUUUACUGAUUUAGUUGCUUGUUUAGAAAAAUGGAUCCUGCAUGAAUUUGUCUUUGCAGUAAUAAAUGAAUCAGACCUCUAGAAAAUAGUUUAACACUGGUGUUAUACAGUAGUCAUUGCACAAGAUAGUUCGUAAAAAUUAACCCAUUCUAGCAUUAAAAAGUAUUUGAUGCAUAGUUUGUGGCUAGUCCAAGUUACCCACCACUAACAUGUUACUAAAUGUGUGAUUACCUUUGUUAGCAUUUAAUAAAAAAUUAUGAACUUUA